AGUCACAGCCCACACAGCCCCCCUACGGUUGAAGGUAACAACUGUUUGAACAUCAGGGCUGGGCUGAGAGCUACAUCCCUGAGGCAUGGCUCCAGCACUCUGAUUCCCCGGCCCCAGCCAUGCUGCUGAGGGGGAGUGGCCCAGCUUACCAUCGGCCUCACCCUCAGUGGCAGCACCAGACUCUGCCCAACAAGGUAUAAUUUCUUCAGGCCUCCAGGAUGGCCAUCCAGUUCCGUUCACUUUUCCCCUUGGCAUUGCCUGGAAUGCUGGCAGUCCUCGGCUGGUGGUGGUUUUUCUCUCGUAAAAAGCACGUCAGCAGCCAGGACAGACAGGUGGAGGCCGGCGCUGUGGAGCGGAGGGCUGGCCGUGCCAUCAAAGAGCCACUCGCCCGGGAGGACCCCUGUCCUGGAGUAGUGUCCCCGCCCCCCAGCAUCGGAGCCCCAGUGGAAAGGGAGCCAUCCGCUGUGAGCAAGCCUCCCUCGGAGCCCCCAGCCUUGCUGCGGCCACAUGCAUCCUGUCGGCGGUCCGAGUCCUCUGGCAGCCUUCCUAACACCACAGAUACAAGAUUGCGACCAGGAACGCGCAGAGAUGACAGUGCAAAGGUGGAACUAGCCCUGACGGGUGACGAAGCCGGGUCCGUUCCUCCAGAGUGUCCCCUCCCAACUCCAAAGAGUGUUCCUUUCCCCCACUUGGCGGCUGAGGUGUGCAAGCAAGAGGCGCUGUUCAGUGCGAUGGGAGGGCGGGGCUGGCAGGGCCAGGCUGCAGCCCCCCAAGAGAAACCAAGAGAGACGGGUGGGUCUGAAGGCACUGGGGACGCAGUGUCUGGAGAAAGCCUGCCUGAGGAGGGUGUGUUGUACCAGGAGCAUGACUCCGACUCGGAGAUCCGCAAGGUGCCCAGUCCGGGGGAGAAGAGGCAGGACGGACCGCCACAGACGGAGGAGGAUGCUGUGGGGAAGCUGUUGAGCAGCCUUAUCGAGUCGGCUCACUCAGAGCUGAUGGAGGAUGACGAGCUGCGGGCACCCUGGGUUGGCGACCGAGCCUGUGACGCAGAUGGUGCCAGGGGGCCGGGCAAGGAGGAGGCCGUGGAGCAAAAUGAGAAGAUCGAACAGGCUGCCUACCAGAUCAUCUCCAGAGUGAUCUUGGAGGCAACUGAAGAGGUGCUGGCCACCACCGUGGGCAGGAUUGCAGAUCGGGUGUAUCAGGCUUCAGCUGGUCAGCUCCAAGGGCAGAAGGAAGAGAGCUCUGGGCCAGUCUGCCAGAAACCUUCCCCCGGGCAAGAUGCCGGGGAGCCCGCUCCUGCCACCGUGGAGCCAGAGGCAGCCUCUGGCGCAGACGCCGCCCUCCCCUCGCCAGGCCUGCCCGCAGAGGACCUGCCACCACCAAAGACCUACAAGAGCUGCCUGAGCAGCCCUUUGUCCAGUCCCACCAAGGACAGGAAGCCAAAGAACUCCGCACACCACAUCUCCCUGGCCCCCUGCCCUCUGCCAGCCGUCCCCCAGGGAGAGUCACCUGAUGAAGCCAGUGUCCUGGUGCAAAAUGCCGGAUGUGUCCUCUGCGUCCCCUGCACUUCUGAGAGUGGCCAGGAUGUCCCUUCAGUGGCCUCGGAGCAGUGCUCGGAUUCCACCAGCACUUCAGGGCUUGAAGACUCAUGUACAGACACCAACUCAAGCCCCAGGAGCAAGGCCGUCUCCCCGCCGCUGCCAGAAAGUACUGUGCCCUUCAGCAAUGGGGUGCUGAAAGGGGAGCUCUCGGACUUGGGGAAUGAGGAUGGAUGGACCGUGGAUGCAGAAGCAGAUCAUUCGGGAGGCUCAGACGGGAACAGCAUGGACUCAGUGGAUGGCUGCUGUGGGCCCAGGAAGACUGACAGUUUCCAGAACGCCCAAGUGGGCUCCAGUCCUAAGAAGGUGGACCUCAUCAUCUGGGAGAUCGAGGUGCCCAAGCACUUAGUUGGUCGGCUAAUUGGCAAGCAGGGGCGGUAUGUGAGUUUUCUGAAGCAAACGUCUGGUGCCAAGAUCUACAUCUCAACCCUGCCUUACACCCAGAACAUCCAGAUUUGCCACAUAGAAGGUUCUCAGCAUCAUGUAGACAAGGCGCUGAACUUAAUUGGGAAGAAGUUCAAAGAACUGAACCUCACCAAUAUCUACGCUCCUCCACUGCCGUCACUGGCACUGCCUUCUCUUCCAAUGACUUCCUGGCUCAUGCUGCCUGACGGUGUCACUGUGGAAGUGAUCGUGGUCAACCAGGUCAACGCCGGGCACUUGUUCGUGCAGCAGCACACGCACCCUACCUUCCAUGCGCUGCGCAGUCUGGACCAGCAGAUGUGCCUGUGUUACUCUCAGCCCGGGAUCCCCACCUUGCCCACCCCCGUGGAAGUAACGGUCAUCUGCGCUGCCCCCGGCGUGGACGGUGCCUGGUGGCGAGCCCAAGUGGUGGCCUCCUAUGAGGAAAGCAAUGAAGUGGAGAUCCGUUACGUGGACUACGGUGGCUAUAAGAGAGUGAAAGUGGACGUGCUCCGGCAGAUCCGAUCUGACUUUGUGACUCUGCCAUUCCAGGGAGCAGAGGUCCUUCUGGACAGCGUGAUGCCCUUGUCAGAUGAUGACCACUUUUCCCCUGAAGCAGAUGCAGCCAUGAGCGAGAUGACCGGAAAUACCGCGCUGCUGGCUCAGGUGACAAGUUACAGCCCGACUGGCCUUCCUCUAAUUCAGCUAUGGAGUGUGGUUGGAAAUGAAGCGGUGUUGAUAAACCGGUCGCUGGUGGAGCGAGGACUUGCUCAAUGGGUAGACAGCUACUACGCGAGCCUCUGACCCCCGUCCCUGACAGACGCUUCUGGAGUCUUUUUGCACUGUUGAAAUUGGGCUUGGCGCUGAGGCAAAGACAUUACAUCAGAAUAACAAUCGUUGUCUUCCCCAGAAAGUCGUCUUUUUUCCCUCCACACUGUAGUCAUGUUGAGAAGUCUUGUCUCUGAGACAAGGAAGGAACCAUGGGUUCUUUCAAAAGCCAUAGGAUGGUGUUGAACAAGCCAGUCAGUUUAGCCUGGUUCCAAGCCUUUAAAAAAAAAGAAAAAAAUGAGAGUAAAACGGUCUCAACCAGGUUGUCCUCUGCCACCUCCGUUCCCUUCUUCCUUCCCACCUCCUCCCCUCACUCAGAACCAGACCAACCGCAGCAGACGGGCCAAGGGAUGUGUUGCCUGGGAGGGUUUCUUUUCCUUCAAAAUCUUUCUUCAGGGAGCAAGACAUGAAAUCACUAAUUGGUAUUGAUUAUUUGUACAGCUUAUGUCAAUGAAUUUAUGAUAUUUAACCAGUUUUUAUAAACUUCAUCUAGGUCUCUAGGAAGGCAGACUUUUUAAUGCAUAUGUAAAUACGAAGCAGUCAGACCUCCUGCCUUGGUCGGUGGUGGAGGGGAACGUUAUCUUGCCAAGCCUGGUUGUAAUUUGUAACCAUUUUCUAUUUGUGCAAACUCUGUAAAUAUAUGUUUAAAAAAAUGUAAUAUUUUGUAUAAGAUACACUGGAGAACAAAGGGAACUCGAGAUUUUUUCCACACCCCACAUCAUCUGUGAGCAGAGCAGCUGUCAAUGCAGGUUUCCUCCUGUGGCUUCCUGCAUACUGGACAGGGUGACUGUAGGGGAUAGAUUGUGAGCGGGGAUUUUUUUUUUUCCUGUAAAAAUUUGUUAAAAAAAAAAAAAAAUCAACUCAUUUGAAUUACCUUCCCGUGGUGUGUUUGAUUCUUUUUUUAGAUUGGCUUCAGCAUUUUGCCGACAAAAGAAAGUAACUUACAUAAAUCUUGAACUGUGUGCACUGUA